CUGAUGCGUAAUUUCACAAGUCAAAUCGUCACAUUGAACUCCUCAUCACCGGAGAGCGAGGGAGAGAGAGAGAGAGAGAGCAUCUCGAAGGAGAAGAAUGAGCGCGGCGUCGGCGGUGACGACGGCGGGGUACCUGGCCCGGAGGGCGGCGCAGAAGGAGAGGGUCCGUAUUCUCUACCGCCGCGCCCUCAAGGACACUCUCAACUGGGCCGUGCACCGCCACCUCUUUUACCAAGACGCGUCAGAUUUGCGCGAGAGGUUCGAAGCCAACAAGCGCGUGGAGGAUCUCGAUACGAUUGACAGAUUGAUUGCUGAUGCGGAAGCUAGCUACAAUAAGUGGCGGCACCCUGAUCCUUAUAUCGUGCCUUGGGCUCCUGGUGGUAGCAAGUUUACUCGAAACCCAACACCACCUUCGGGGAUUGAGAUAAUUUAUGAUUAUGGUCGUGAAGAUAAUGAUUGAAAAUGCUCAGUGCUCCCUGUUGAUUAAUAAAGGCUGAGAGAGUCCAUGAAAAUGGGGUUGAGAGAUGGUUCUGGCAGCCAAUAUCUUGUUUAUUUUAUAACAAUGAAGCUCAAUGUUGGCUUUGAUGUUCAGUUACUCCCUAUUGCUGUUGUCUAUUUGGGUGCUUUCCCUAACUUUGAUGUUGAUGAGAGAUUUGAGUUGCUGAUUAACCUGCCUCAUUAACCGCUCUGUUCUAGUUUCUUUCGCAUAUUAUGCCCAUUGUGCAUGUUGACAUUUGGAUAUAAUGUCACCUUUUCUAUCAA